AUGGCUGGCACCGAACCGUCCCGCGAAAGGACGAAGUAUCUGAAAAGAAAACAAACCUUACUGAAGAAAAUCUGGGAGCUUUCCACUUUCUGCGAUGUGGAAGUGCAUGUUAGGUUCAUGCAUGCUCUGGAGACUAUCAUCAUCGAUUCCACCGAUGACGCCCACUGGCCGUCUGAAGACGAAAUGGAGGAAACGGAAGAUCGCCCUAUCCAUCGCUACAACCUAGAAUCACUUGGACAGUACCUACGGGACAAGGAGGCCGAGGCUUUUCCACUUGAGCAGGACGAGAUUCAACUUCCUGAACCACCUCGACUCCGGCGAUUGUGGUGA